AUGGAGUGCAUGCGCGAUCAGCUUCACGAGGGCGUUGUACUCAAUGGACGCUACGAGACCAUAUCCCCACUCAACCAUGGCUCUUUCGGCAUGGUCUUCCAGGCCAAGGACUUGGUAACUGGCGACCAUGUUGCCAUCAAGGUCAUCACCAAGACGGCGGCCGCUGCCAACUGCCCUUCCGCCUUUGCAGUUGACGAGCGAUCCGAAGAGCUUGGUGUCCACCUCCGCCUCGGCGAUCACCCCAAUGUCGUCAACCUCGUUCAGUCCUUCGAGACCCAGAACCACGUCUACCUGGUGCUGGAAUUCUGCUCCAAUGGCGAUUUGUACGAGGCCAUUCGUGAGGACAAGGGCCCAUUGGAAACUGAGCACGUCCGUGACUUCAUGAUGCAGCUGGUCGGUGCCGUCGAGUUCAUCCACUCCAAGGGCAUUUACCAUCGCGACAUUAAGCCCGAGAACAUCUUCCUUACCCAGUCUGGUUCGAUGAAGCUGGGUGACUUUGGUCUCGCCACUUCCGACACCUGGUCUUGGGAGAUUGCUGUAGGCAGCGACCGAUAUAUGGCUCCCGAGCAGUACGAUCCGUCCAACGCUGGUUACGACACCGCCAAGGCAGACAUCUGGGCGAUCGGCAUCGUCCUCCUCAACGUCCUUUUCCAACGCAACCCUUUUGCUGUCCCAUCCGCCUCGGAUCCUCUCUACGCCGAUUUCGCUCUUGACCGUCAGACUCUCUUUGAUGUCUUCCCAAACAUGUCUCAGGACACGUUUGAAGUCAUUCGACAUUGUCUGGCUAUUGACCCUGAGAGGCGUAGCCUCGCUGCCGUCAAGGCGGCUCUUGCUCGUGCUGUCAUCUUCACCACCGACGACGAGAGCCUCGAUGAAUUCUGCAUUGAGGAGCGCGACGUUGUCGCUGUUGGAGCCAACCGUGAGCCUCUCCGGACUCCCUCCAUCUCGACGCCGCAGCUCGAGAACAAUGGCUCCUUCCCAUGGGCCAAAGCUCUUGCCAUGUCUCCACCGCAGGCGAUCCGUCAACUGUCUGCGAUUCCGGACACGGAGUUGUACGACGAGGAUAUGUUCCCUGGCCCCCCUUACGAUGUCAAGCCAGAGACCGCCUCUGGCGUGUCUUUUGUCGAUUCUGGUUUGGGCCUGUCUUUCAAGUCGACUGACGUCACCCAAGCCAAGUCGAUGGACAUCACGCGAUCCAGGCCUGUUCCAAUCUCCGGUUCUCUUCCGGCGAAGGCUUUCGGUAGCAUGGCUUCUGUUUUUGGCAAGAAGCGUGAUGCCUUCUCGAAAAGCUGGAGUGACUUGUGGGAUGAGGAAGACGAUGCGCAAUUCCUUGCUGAGAUCGAAAACAGCUACACUCCUUCCGCUGCUGAAAAGCAGCCGAAGCUAGUUGUUUCCGAGGCCGGCUCGGGUGUCUCCACUCCUCGCGGUGGCUUGUCAGAGAUGAAGAAUCCUGCCAUCGUCAACAACAGCAGGAGCCGUUCACCCAAGAACCGUCACGCUGCUGACCACAUCAGUGCGAGCACCGGCUUUGUCUUUGAGGAGCAUCAUUCGCCACCUCCUCCACGCUUCUCUCCCUCCCCGAAGCGUAGCGUUGCAGACAAGUGGGCUGCCCUUGGUGACCGCAGACGUAGUCCCGCUGUGCAGGCUCAGCAUCAAACUCCGACGAAACCUAUGCAGAAGCCCAUGAAGUCACCCAAGCAAGCCCAGUCUCUUCCGACCUCCGCCCGGAAGCGGAGCAGGACUGGGAUUGGACGACGCCCGACCUACUGGGGCCCUAGCCAAAACGAGAACAACAACCAUGGCAGCUUCGAGCAAAAGCUGGACGGUAUCAAUUGGUACAAGUCCAAAGAUUGGCGCCAACAAUCCGGUCACGCUCACAUGAGCGAUGACCUCGGCGAUUUUGAGUGGGUGUGGUAG